UGGAACAGGUUGAAGCGGAGUGGGUUAGUCCUCACUGUGAACCCGACUGAAGUCUCGCGCUCAUACUGGAGCUGAGAGGAAAGGCUGAGGCGAGCUGAUGGUGUGGACUUUAUUUAUUUGAUAUAGAAUUACACCAUUUCUGCUCUCAGGAACCAGUUUAUAAAGUGUGAAGAUUAAUCAUGUCGCUGCCGGUUCACCCCGAGACCAGAAAAUUCACCCGGGGGCUGGGAAAGCCGGGAACAGCAGCCGAGCUCCGGCAGAGUGUAUCCGAGGCUGUGAGGAGCUCAGUACUGGUGCUAAAGCCACGUUUAAUUGAGCCGUUGGACUACGAGAAUGUGCUGGUCCAGAGAAAGACACAGAUCCUCGGCGAUAGUCUUCGAGACAUGCUGCAGUUUCCUCUGGAGGAUUUCCAGAUCUGCACGCUGCACAGACAGAUACGCACUCUGUACCCCUCCGUCCCAGAAAACGCCCAGAAAGAAGCAGACAGCCUGUUUGUCCAGGAGUGUAUCAAGACCUACAAGUCAGACUGGCAUGUUGUCAACUACAAGUAUGAAGACUAUUCUAGUGACUUCCGUCAGCUCCCCAACAAAGUGUCCAGACCCGAUAAGCUCGCAGCUCAUGUGUUUGAAGUGGACGAGGAUGUGGAUAAAGAUGAGGACACAGCUUCCCUGGGCUCUCAGAAGGGAGGUAUCAGCAAGCAAGGUUGGCUUUACAAAGGCAACAUGAACAGUGCUAUCAGCGUGACUAUGAGGUCUUUCAAACGCAGAUAUUUCCACCUUACACAAUUAGUAGACGGCUCCUAUAACCUCAACUUCUACAAGGAUGAGAAGAUUUCCAAAGAGCCAAAAGGAACUAUCUUUCUGGAUUCCUGCAUGGGCGUGGUUCAGAAUAAUAAGGUGCGGAGGUUUGCGUUUGAGCUAAAGAUGCAGGACAAGAGUGCGUAUCUGUUGGCUGCCGACUCUGAGAGUGAGAUGGAGGAGUGGAUCAGCACGCUGAACAAAAUCCUCCACACCAGUUUUGAGCUAGCCAUGCAAGAGAAGCGGAAUGGAGACCUACAUGAUGAUGAUGAUCUGGGAAAGGCUGAUAACUCGUCUGGAAGUAUGGACAGCUUUCAGAGUGCUCGAGACAUUGAGUCAAGGAUGAGAAAUGAAACUCGAUUAAAGCUUUUCACACUGGAUGCAGACACACAGAAGUUGGACUUUUCUGGGAUUGAGCCAGAAAUCAAACCAUUCGAGGAGAAGUUUGGGAAACGGAUCCUUGUGAAAUGCAAUGACCUGUCAUUUAACCUGCAGAGCUGUGUGGCGGAGAAUGAGGAAGGCCCAACCACCAAUGUGGAGCCCUUCUUCGUCACACUGUCCCUUUUUAAUAUUCAGAACUGUCGGAAGAUCUCAGCAGAUUUUCAUGUGGACUUAAACCAUCCAUCAGUGAGAGCUAUGGUUCCAGGCUUUGGUGCUCAGAUCAUUAAUGGGGGCACAGAUACAGCACAACACACAUCUAAUGGUGUACCAGAGACUGUUCUGCAGUAUCCACGACAGGGAGUAUUUUCUGUUAUGUGUCCACACCCUGAUAUCUUCCUGGUGGCUCGGAUUGAGAAGGUUCUACAGGGAGGAAUAACUCACUGUGCUGAACCAUAUAUGAAAAGCUCAGAUUCCACAAAGACUUCUCAGAAAGUGUUGAAAAAUGCUAAAGUCGCAUGUAGCAGGCUGGGUCAGUACAGGAUGCCAUUUGCUUGGGCAGCCAGGCCAUUGUUUAAGGAUGCGAAUGGGACGUUGGACAAAUCUGCACGUUUCUCUCCUAUCUACAGACAAGACAGUAACAAGCUAUCCAAUGAGGACCUGCUUAAACUUCUGGCAGAUUUUAGGAAGCCAGAGAAGAUGGCAAAGCUGCCAGUGCUACUGGGGAAUCUGGAUGUCACUAUUGACAGUGUGCCCCCAGAUCUUACAAACUGCAUCACGCCCUCGUAUCUCCCAGUGCGUCAGUUUGACAGCAGUGAGUGGAACGGGCUGUUGUUUGAGGUUGAGGAGUUUGUGCCAUCUAUAGCUAAGUGCUCUCAGCCGUUCACCACCUAUAAUAAUCAUCUGUAUGUCUACCCUCGCCACCUUAAAUACGACAGCCAGAAGACAUUUGCCAAGGCCAGAAAUAUUGCCGUGUGUGUGGAAUUCAGAGACUCGGAUGAUGAGGAUGCACUUCCGCUAAAGUGUAUAUAUGGUCGUCCGGGUGGAUCACUCUUCACUAAGAAUGGCUUUGCUACAGUAUUGCAUCAUCAUCAAAACCCUGAGUUUUAUGAUGAGUUUAAGAUAGCGCUACCUACUCAGCUGCAUGAGAAGCAUCAUCUCUUGUUCACCUUCUACCACAUCAGUUGUGAGACCAACACCAAAGCCAGCACCAAAAAGAGGGAGCAGAUAGAAACCCAGGUUGGCUAUGCAUGGCUUCCCUUACUUAAGGAUGGCAGAGUGAUAAUGAAUGAACAGCAGAUUCCAGUGGCUGCCAACCUCCCUACUGGUUACCUCAGCUACCCGGAGGGCAACAGCAAGCAGCACAACGGUCCUGAAGUGAAGUGGGUUGAUGGAGGAAAGUCACUGUUUAAGGUCUCUACUCACCUGGUGUCCACUGUCUACACACAGGACCAGCAUUUGCACAAUUUCUUCCACCACUGGGAAAGUUCUGUGUCGGCAGCCCAGUCAAACGGAGGAGAGCUGGUUAAAUACCUGAAGAGUCUGCAUGCUGUAGAAGCUCAUGUCAUGAUAAACUUCCUCCCAACGAUUCUGAACCAGCUAUUCAGUGUCCUCACCAGUGCAGUUCACGAGGAUGUUGCUGUCAAUGUCACCAGAGUGAUGGUUCAUGUAGUCGCUCAGUGCCAUGAGGAAGGCUUGGAACAUUACCUACGUUCAUAUGUCAAGUACGUAUUUACCACAGAUGCUAACACAGUGACUGGUAAAACAAUACACGAGGAGUUGGCCAAAGCUGUGACCACCAUCCUAAAGCCUUCCACUGACUUCCUCACCAGCAACAAACUGCUCAAGUACUCCUGGUACUUCUUCGAAGCUUUGGCGAAGUCCAUGGCUCAGCACUUGAUAAAAAGUGGAAAAGUCAGGCUUUCCAGAAAUCAGCGCUUCUCAGCCUUGUUUCAUCACACCGUGGAGACCCUGGUGAACAUGCUGAUGCCCCACAUUACACAGAAAUACAAAGACAACCUGGAUGCAGCACGCAAUGCCAACCACAGCCUGGCUUUCUUUAUCAAGCGCUGUUUUACCUUCAUGGAUCGAGGUUUUGUCUUCAAGCAAAUCAACAACUAUAUCCACUGCUUUAUGCCUGGGGAUGCUAAGACGCUGUAUGAGUUUAAGUUUGAGUUCCUGAAGGUGGUGUGCAACCAUGAGCACUUCGUUCCUCUUAAUCUGCCUAUGCCUUUUGGGAAAGGGCGGAUAAUGAGAUUUCAAGAUCUCCAGUUGGAUUACUCUUUAACAGAUGACUUCUGUAAGAAUCACUUCUUGGUUGGGCUGUUGCUGCGGGAGGUGGGGGCAGCUCUGCAGGAGUUCCGAGACAUCCGUCAAAUCGCCAUUCAGGUCCUGAAGAACCUGAUGAUAAAACACACCUUUGAUGAUCGCUACACCUCCAAGAGUCAACAGGCGAGGUUGGUCUCUCUGUACCUGCCGCUGUUUGGGCUGCUUCAGGAGAAUGUCCACAGGCUCAACAUUAUAGACGCCACGCCCUUCACCAACAGCAGCUCCAGCAAUAAUGUGCGUGAUGAACCUGUCCAGUCCAGCAAUCUGAUGACCCCAACUAAAGCAGGACCUAUUGAGAACAGCCUGCAUAAGGAUGUGUUUGGAGUAAUCUCUGGAACAGUAACACCACAUGCGGCCUCUACUCCGAACAUCGUACGCCACGCUGACUCUCGCUGCUCCAUCAUCAGCACUGACUCAGGAAGCAGCCUGCUAGAGCGCAGCAAUGAUAAACCCCAUCCUCAUGACAAGCAGUCCAGUGUGGCUGCAGCUCUGGGUGGCUCCAUCCUACGCUGUGAUAAAUUAGAGCAGUCUGAGGUCAGAAGCCUGUUAAUGUGCUUCCUACAUGUGCUCAAGAGCAUGUCUGAAGAUGCACAGUUUACCUACUGGAACAAAGCUUCAUCUGGAGAUCUGAUGGACUUCUUCACACUGUUAGAACUUUGUGUUCACCAGUUCAAGUACAUGGGGAAGAGAUACAUUGCUAGAAGCCAGGAGACAGCAGGGUCUGUAACACAUGAGCGUAAGUCUCAGACUCUGCCUGUGUCCCGCAGUAGAACUGGAAUGAUGCACGCUCGCUUACAACAGCUCAGCAGCCUGGAUAACUCUUACACUUACAACCACACUUACGGUCAUUCGGAAGCAGAUGUGUCGAACCAGGCACAGUUGGAGGCAAAUAUUGCUACUGAAGUAUGUCUGACUGUACUAGACAUACUAAGCAUCUUCAUCAUGGGAUUUAAGACCCAGCUCAGCUUAGAUCAUGGACACAAUCCUCUGAUGAAAAAAGUGUUUACGGUCCAGUUGUGCUUUCUACAAAUCAACCAGUCAGAGACAGCCCUCAAGCAAGUUUUCACCUUCCUGCGCACUUUCAUUUACAAGUUUCCGUGCACGUUCUUCGAGGGUCGUGCAGAUAUGUGUGCAUCCUUCUGUUAUGAGAUCCUGAAAUGCUGUAACUCCAAACUCAGCUCUAUCCGCAGUGAUGCUGCCUAUCUCCUCUACUUCCUCAUGAAGAGCAACUUCGACUACACGGGCAGAAAAUCCUUUGUCCGCACACAUUUACAGGUGGUUAUAGGAGUCAGCCAACUGAUUGCUGAUGUCAUUGGAAUUGGUGGGACAAGGUUUCAGCAGUCUCUGUCUAUCAUCAACAACUGUGCAAACAGUGACAAGACUAUUAAAAACACUGCAUUUCCAUCUGAUGUGAAGGACCUGACCAAGAAAAUUCGUACAGUCCUGAUGGCCACAGCUCAGAUGAAGGAGCACGAGCGCGACCCAGAGAUGCUGGUGGAUCUGCAGUACAGCCUCGCCAAAUCCUACACCAGUACUCCUGAACUGAGAAAAACCUGGCUGGACAGCAUGGCACGCAUUCAUGUCAAGAACGGAGAUCUGUCUGAGGCUGCCAUGUGUUAUGUGCAUGUAGCAGCUUUGGUAGCCGAAUACCUGCGAAGAAAAGGCAUGUUUAAACAGGGCUGCUCUGCGUUUCGAGUGGUCACGCCCAACAUUGAUGAGGAGGCAUCUAUGAUGGAGGACGUGGGCAUGCAGGAUGUACACUUUAAUGAGGAUGUUCUGAUGGAGCUGUUAGAGGAGUGUGCUGAUGGACUCUGGAAAGCAGAACGAUAUGAGCUCAUCUCUGACAUCUACAAACUUAUCAUUCCCAUCUAUGAGAAACGCAGAGAUUUUGAGAAACUGGCAUACCUAUAUGAAAAGCUGCACCGUGCCUACAGUAAGGUCACAGAGGUGAUGCAUACAGGCAAGAGGCUGCUGGGAACCUACUUCAGAGUGGCCUUUUUUGGUCAGGGAUUCUUUGAGGACGAGGAUGGUAAAGAGUACAUCUACAAAGAGCCUAAAUUCACCCCACUGUCCGAGAUCUCACAGAGACUUCUUAAACUCUACUCUGAAAAGUUUGGAGCCGAGAAUGUCAAGAUGAUCCAAGACUCUGGCAGGAUAAAUCCCAAAGAUCUGGACUCAAAGUUUGCAUAUAUCCAGGUGACCCAUGUCACUCCCUUCCUGGAGGAAAAGGAAUUGGUAGAACGGAAGACUGAUUUUGAGAAGAGUCACAACAUCCGUCGUUUUGUGUUUGAGAUGCCGUUCACUGUGUCGGGCAAGAAGCAAGGUGGCAUUGAGGAGCAAUGCAAACGCAGGACUAUACUUACCACCACACAUUGUUUUCCAUAUGUUAAAAAGAGGAUAGCAGUGAUGUACCAGCACCACACAGACCUAAACCCCAUUGAAGUGGCCAUUGAUGAGAUGAGUAAGAAAGUGGCUGAGCUGAGGCAGCUCUGUGCUUGUAGUGAAGUGGACAUGAUCAAACUCCAGCUCAAACUGCAGGGCAGCAUCAGCGUGCAGGUGAAUGCUGGCCCACUGGCGUAUGCCAGAGCUUUCCUUGAUGACACCACAUCAAAGAAAUACCCUGACAACAAAGUCAAACAGCUCAAGGAGGUCUUCAGGCAAUUUGUGGAGGCUUGUGGUCAUGGUUUGAGCAUAAAUGAAAGACUCAUUAAGGAGGACCAGCAGGAGUAUCAUGAUGAGAUGAAGGCCAACUACAGAGAACUCACCAGGGAACUGUCUGCCAUUAUGCAUGAGACAAUCUCUCCUGUGGAGGAUGUAAUGAAGAGUCCUCUGCCUGACUCCCUGCACAUCUUCAAUGCCAUCAGCGGCACUCCAACUACAGCCAGCAUCCAGGGAAUCCCUAACUCCUCCUCUGUGGUCUGAGCUUGAGCGUUAACCCAGUCACUUUGAAUGUUGUAUUCCUUAAUAUUCUUCAUGUUGAGCUGUGUGUGAUGGCAGUCAUAUGUUGUAUGUUGGAACAGCUAACUGGGACUUGCUUCUACUCUGUCUUUUCCACUUCUGCCUCUAAAAAACGCAGCAAUGGUGUCUGUUUUUCGAACCUCUUUGUCAGCGACCCUGGACGAGUGACAGUGUGUGAUCUGUUAGCUUGGUUAAGGUUUAUGCAAAAGAAAGUUUUUUCCUAUCCGGUUCUGCUGGGGAUCUGAGUUACUGUUUCCUGUGGAGACUUUUUACAUAGUAAUGACCCAUUAUUGUAAUUAAAGUGGUUUAAUUACUAAUUUAAUUUUCUUCUUCUGCUUUUUUAUUUCUAACUUAAAUCUGUGUAGUGCUUUAUGUACAGAAUUCUAAUUUCUAAAGUCUUACCGAUGUUCUGCUGAUUUGAAAUUGAGCCGUGACAUUCCCUGUUUUUAUAUAAUGAGCAGCAAAAAGUUCUAUUUUAACAACGCUGAGCAUCAGGCAGGUAAAUCUAAACCACUUUCAUUUCUCAGACUGAGAGUUUUAAAGCCACGCUAUGAUGGGAAGGGAGUUGGUCUGAGCUGAGUGUAAUUAUGCGUGCAGAAAUAUCUAAGCCGAGUGCAAUAUGAAGCAAGCUGAGCUCUUGCUGUGUGUUAUACACUGUAAGGCUGGUGUUGAUCCUUCUUGCCAAAGAGCGAAGAAGAGGCGCUAGUGAAGGAGCAAACACGUUUACCACAUUAGUGUUCCUUUAAAUGUUUAUCAAAGCCUUUUAUAUUUACAGUAAGAGUUUUUUGUAUCUAUAUUUAAUAGACACUCACUGUUCUACUUUGUCAAAUGCUUAUGGUUUAAAUAAAUUGCAUUAUUUUAAA